CACUAACACUCAUAAUCCUACGGUAUCUUAUUCACCAUGUGCUACCAGUACGGCUACAUCUGCGACUCGCCGCUCUGCGACACGGUCUACAUGACCUGGAUAGUUGAGUGCAACUCGAUCAGGAAUUCCAACCCAAAACGCGCGGCAGGAAGUUGCCAAAGUGGCCUCAAGAGGGAAUACUGGAGGACGUACAUGUGUGUGUAUGACUCGCACUGCUCAUACCACCAGCGUCAACUCCGUCGCUCCCCGUCGUCGUAUUAGUGAUGGAUUUGGAAAAUGUUAUCCAUGCGGGGGGGGCGAGUUUAUUUUGGGGCGCUUCCUAGACGGCUCGAGGCAGCAAAGGAGAGUCUGGUGGCUUUGUUGAGCCUGAGGAAUGGAGGGCUACCGGGCGUGUCUGGGAAGAACCUCGGUGCAGGAUGGUAAUCAAGUACUAGGAUUUGGCAGGCUGUAAGUGCGUUGAUUUUAGUCUUGAGUACCUUAAGAAUACGGGACGUAAGGUGCCUUAGGUAGGACAAGAUGCCUAGUAGUAGCUAAACAUGAAUGCUCCGAGUCCUGGCAUUCUCCCACCUGAAUUGUAACAGUAAUCUUCUCGGUAAGCUCGCCGGAUAUUUUUUUUCCGCUGCGCCUCCUUACUUGCGAUCAACCUCGUAAGUUCUCGAAUCCGGUGCUCAUUUUCUGU